UCUCUACCGCGUCAUCCCUGCCAACGAGCUCGGCCUCUGAGACAGCAGCCCCCUGUCCGCCGGUUUGUGAAACGAGAAUGCCAGUUGUUCUUCAACACUAACACAGGGAAGAGAUAUGAGAUGCUCCACUUAGGAAGGACUAUAGACGAGUUUUGUUGAGAAGACAAAACAUGUGAGAUUGAUGUUUUAAAUCAGCGAGGGGACUUGUGUCUUCGUCAUUGUUCGUAACGAUGGAGAAUCAUAAUCCGGGAGCAUAUCCCGAAGCAUCCUGUGAGAAUCAACGGGAUGAAAUUAAUAAGGGUGCUCUGAGUUGGUAUGCACGAAUGUCCUUAAGUUUGUCAUAACGUGAGCUCUCCUACUCUGCUCACACUGCAAUCUUCUGAAGCUCUCUUCUCUGGUUCUUGUUUGCUCUCUUGAGAGCUCCUCUCUCCUUAAGUUUGGUUGACCUGUGGCCUUGAAUUCUGUCUUUUGAGGACCGAAGCAUUCAACUUUCUGGCCAAACUUGAUAUUUUCCUGAUUUACUGGUAUUGUUAAUUGCAUAAUCUGGUGAAGCAAUUCUGGUUGUGUUUCACCUCUUGUGUUCUUCUGUUGAUACUGAGCACAAGACACCCACUGCAGUGAUGGCUCAAACUUGCCUGCCACCUGGCUUUCGUUUCCAUCCAACAGAUGUUGAGCUUGUUUCUUACUACUUGAAAAGGAAGAUUAUGGGGAAGAAACUUUUUGUUGAAGCUAUCUCAGAGGUUGAGCUGUACAAAUUUGCUCCUUGGGACCUUCCUGAUAAAUCCUGUCUCCAGAGCAAAGAUCUUGAGUGGUUCUUCUUUUGCCCCCGUGACAAAAAAUAUCCUAAAGGGUCUAGGACGAACCGUGCCACACCAAAUGGUUAUAGGAAAACAAGUGGAAAAGAUAGAACAAUUGAGCUGAACUCUCGCAUUGUUGGGUUGAAGAAGACAUUGAUUUUUCAUGAAGGCAAGGCACCCAAAGGCAACAGGACAGAUUGGGUGAUGUAUGAAUACAAAAUGGAAGAUGAAACUUUGGAUGCUGCUGGUUUCUCAAAGGAUGCUUAUGUGCUCUGCAAGAUAUUUAAAAAGAGUGGGCUUGGCCCAAGGAUUGGUGAGCAAUAUGGGGCUCCUUUUGAUGAAAAUGAAUGGAAGAAUUUGGAUGUUGGAAGUUCUAUCUUCUCUUUUGCACCCUCGUCCGGUGUAGAGGAUCCACAAGUCGAAAGUUCUGCCUUGGCUACUCCAGUUAUUCAGGAACCAUUCACGCCUCAGCAGUCUGUUCAAUUUUCUGAACAUGUUAAUAUCUGUUCUAAUGAGGACAAUAAUGCGCCUCCUGAAAUUGAUGGAAUUUGGUUGGAAGAACUGGCAAUGUUUUUGAAUGAUUCUCCCAACCAUGACAUAGCUUUGCCAGAGAAUUCUGGUCUCCCUCCAAUGUCUGAGCUUGAGGCUCAAGCUUUUGAGAUGAAUACUGCUGAGCUCUAUGAUCAAUUAGCAGGACUUGCCCAGUCAGGGGAUAUGUCUAAUGUAAACUUCCCUGCUGGCGACGUGGGUGUUACUGAAAACGAUUUCCAGCAAUCAAACUCUGGAUUUGCUAUGGAUGAUGAUUAUAUAGAGCUGGAUGAUCUGUUUGCUCCUGGGGAAACCUUCUCUUAUGAUUUUUCUGGUGAAACCUUCUCCUAUGAUUUGACUGGUGGAACCUUCUCCUAUGAUUUGUCUGUGCCAAACAAUCAGUUUUUGCAGUACCCAUUGGAUCAAUCAACUAAUGGCAGUCACUAUGGUGAUGGUGCUACUCAAUCAACUUUUGAAGCAAGUGGAUCGCUUCCACCAAUGCCUAGCACUUUUGAUGACAUGCCUUCUGUUUCCAAUAAGCCUGCAAACUCCAAUUGCUUGAACCCAACCAUGAAAGACCCAUUCUCUUAGACAGCAACUUUUGAGGUAUAAGUCUGUUAUCUUUGGUCAUUGCUCUUGGAAGUUGCUGCUGUUUCUGGUUUGGUUGUCCAAUCAUUGUCUGAUGCGACUAUUGAUGGACCUUGGAUGUUGGUCCGUGCUGUAAAUGGCCCAACAAUGGUGUUUCCAUCAUGGCAUGGCUGCUGCUCUUUUAAAGAAGCCGGAACUUGGUUGUGUCUCAAUCACGAGCACAAUACUGGACAAGCGACCGAGCUGUUGAGUAAAUAGGCAAUUUUCCGAGUA